CGAUCAAUAGGGAAAGCGGGCACUGACUGAACAAUCUGCUCUCCCAACGUUAUUCCUACCUAAUUAGCGACUCCUCUACGGACAUGGCUGUGAAAUAGUAAUCAAUAGUCGGACUAAGCGAAGUUAAACGGAUUAACUCGAAUAAUUGACUACAAAGGACGACAAUACACAACAAGCGGCAGUCCUCCAGACUGAGUGGAGCCAGCAACUUGUGAGACGUUCCAGAGCCGCAGCACGACCACCGACCCGGAGGACAUGGCACGGGGAGUAGGAGGGCAGGAGCGGUGGAAAACGGGAGAAAAUAGCGCAUAAAGAAAGGAGCUCGGCGUUAACACACACGGGGGAAGUCGCGAGCAUGGUUGUGUUCUUAAAAGAGGGCUGGUGAAGAGACAUCGUACAUUGUCUGGAUACGUCCGGUUUUAAGGCAGGAGCUGAAGAGAAGUGCUCAGUACGAUUCUAAGCCUAUCAACUUGCAUGGGGGAGACCUGCUUCAGUGUGUCAGCUCUACAAAGUUCUUGAUCUUUGCUUCUGCAUCGUCCACCCCCUCCCUUCAACAGUGGUGGUGACCCAACUCCGGACAGCUUGCUGCAGGGCCCUUCCUGAGCAGCAGCAGCUGCGUCCUGCUUGCUGACUCCCCUCCCUCCCCUUCUUCCUGUCCUUGGUCAGACAAGGCUACAGCUUUCCCUCCCCUUCCCCACUCCUCAUCUGUCUACCUCUCAUACUUUCACAUACUUGCAUUCACAUAUUGCAUAUUUUUAUCUUGUUGACUGCAUCCUCGCAUGGUUUCAGGCUACUAACAAUAUUGGAGAUCAUUAGAAAGGGACUUGAAGAUCCCUCUGACAGACUUGGAUUGACCUUCAACCACAGAUUUUUUUUUUUCCUAUCAUCUAAGUUCAACCUAGAGCAUGACCUCCAUGUCCAGUCUCUUCUCUUUCACGAGCCCAGCAGUUAAGCGGCUGCUUGGCUGGAAGCAGGGAGAUGAGGAGGAAAAAUGGGCUGAAAAGGCAGUUGAUGCACUCGUAAAAAAGUUGAAGAAGAAGAAAGGCGCUAUGGAAGACCUGGAAAAGGCCUUGAGCUGCCCAGGACAGCCUAGCAAGUGUGUUACCAUUCCACGAUCACUGGACGGCCGGCUACAGGUAUCCCACAGAAAGGGUCUGCCGCAUGUCAUCUACUGUCGAGUGUGGCGCUGGCCUGACCUCCAGUCCCACCACGAACUCAAACCACUGGACGUGUGCGAGUAUCCGUUUGGCUCCAAACAGAAGGAGGUCUGCAUCAAUCCAUAUCACUACAAGAGAGUGGAGAGUCCUGUGCUCCCCCCUGUCCUGGUACCACGACACAGCGAGUUCAACCCACAGCACAGCUUGUUGGUACAGUUCCGCAACCUCACCCACAACGAGCCACACAUGCCUCUGAACGCCACCUUUCCAGAGUCCUUCCAGCAGCCACACAGUGGGGGUGGCAGUAGCAGUGGUGGCGGUGGAGGCUCCUUUCCCAUAUCUCCCAACUCUCCGUAUCCUCCAUCUCCAGCAAGCAGUGGUACAUAUCCCAACUCUCCUGCCAGCUCGGGACCUUCUAGUCCAUUCCAACUUCCAGCUGACACCCCACCCCCAGCCUACAUGCCCCCCGAUGAGCAGCUGGGCCAGGAUAGCCAGUCAAUGGACACGAGCAGCAGCAUGGUGACACAGAACAUGGCCAGAGGAGAUGUUCAACCAGUGGAGUAUGAGGAGCCGAGCCACUGGUGCUCUAUUGUCUACUAUGAAUUAAACAAUCGUGUAGGUGAGGCUUACCAUGCCUCAUCUACUAGUGUGCUUGUGGAUGGUUUCACUGACCCCUCAAACAACAAGAACCGCUUCUGCCUCGGACUUUUGUCCAACGUUAACCGCAACUCCACGAUUGAGAACACCCGCCGCCAUAUUGGCAAGGGUGUGCACCUGUACUACGUGGGAGGGGAGGUGUAUGCAGAGUGCCUCAGUGACACCAGCAUUUUUGUCCAGAGUCGUAACUGUAAUUUCCACCAUGGCUUCCAUCCGACCACUGUGUGCAAGAUCCCCAGUGGAUGUAGUCUGAAGAUUUUUAACAACCAGGAGUUUGCUCAGCUUCUGGCUCAGUCAGUCAAUCAUGGCUUUGAGGCAGUCUAUGAGCUUACAAAGAUGUGCACCAUUAGAAUGAGCUUUGUCAAGGGAUGGGGAGCAGAGUAUCAUCGACAGGAUGUCACCAGCACCCCCUGCUGGAUUGAGGUGCACUUGCAUGGGCCCCUCCAAUGGCUGGACAAGGUGCUAACACAAAUGGGCUCACCUCUCAACCCAAUCUCUUCCGUGUCCUAAUAUCGUGAAAGGCUGGGAAAUCCCUUCUUUUCUUUUUAUAUCCCCCUGUGAUAAUUUAAGUUGGUCUUAAUGGCUGAACUGUUUACAUAAUUUUGGCUGGGGGUUCAACAUCAGCAGCCGGAAUCCAGUUGUUGAGUAAUGGUUACACCUGGAAGAAAGAGAGGAAUAAAAAAGAUGCCCCAGUAGCCAGUAUGGCACGGACAUGCUACUGCUUGACAAUGCAGCAAAACCUGCAAGAAUUGAGGGAUCCCUUGUCAAGCUUGAAUCUAUCAAAUUUUUUUUUUUUCAUUUCUUCAAAUGAUUUUAUUCCUCUGUGUAGUUUUUAAUGAAGCAGAACAGUUUCACUACUCUGCCUUAUGUCCGACACAUGAAUUGGAAUUUUACUUGUCUCAAUGUCCGAUAUUUACAGUUAAGAUAUAGACACAAUUGUUUACCAUUAGGCUCAGCUAUAACAAUGCUUUCUUUUUAUAGUCUACUGCUAAAAAUGAACACUGAGCUACUGCCUUUUAAGAAACCUGCAGUUUUUGAUAUGGGAAAUCAAUCACUGAACAUGUUUAACACGGCAUAAGCUAACAACAUUGUGAAUGUUACAUCUAUUGCAAUAGAAGUAGACUUUAAUGAUACAAUCUGACAUUGACAUGGUCAUUAUUACUGAUUCCUGUUUGUACUCUCAUUCAAGUAUGAGUGACUGUAUUUUCCAUACUCAUUCUAUUAACAAUAUUGUGCACUCAUGAAUUUUGUGGAGUCGUAUUAAAUGUUGUGGGUACAAGGCAUUAUGUUGAUGAAUAAUUGACUUCAUUAGCUCAAUGAAAUAAACAGGUAAUUGGUAAUAAC